CCAGGGCACAAGUUUGAUGGUUUUUUAAAAGCAGUUUUGUGAUUUUAAUUAGAAUUUUAAGUGAUAUUAACAGGAAGAGCUGUGACUUUGGCCGUUAGAGGAAGGUUUACAUUCUGGCGCUGUUACUUUUUUAGUUGAACAGUUAAGCCAGCUAACCUAGGAGUUUCAGCAUCCUCGUUAUGUUAAGAGAGGCCAAGGAUCCAUGCCCAGCAGGAUUGGUGCGAGAUUGAAAUGAGAUGUACAUGCAAGCACUGCAUAAACUGCAGAACUACUCACAAAGGGGCAACCCUGAGAUCUCAAGGAUGGAGGCGCCGUGAAAUUAGGGUAGCAAUGCAACACUCUGUGUCUGGUAGUAAACAUUAAUAAUGUCUUUCAUCUUUGAGUGGAUCUACAAUGGCUUCAGCAGUGUGCUCCAGUUCCUAGGACUCUACAAGAAGUCUGGGAAACUUGUAUUUUUGGGUUUGGACAAUGCAGGCAAAACUACUCUUCUACACAUGCUCAAAGAUGACAGAUUGGGCCAACAUGUUCCAACAUUACAUCCGACAUCAGAAGAGCUGACGAUUGCCGGAAUGACUUUUACAACUUUUGAUCUUGGUGGGCAUGAGCAAGCACGUCGGGUUUGGAAAAAUUACCUCCCAGCAAUUAAUGGAAUUGUCUUUCUGGUGGAUUGUGCAGAUCAUCCUCGCCUCAUGGAAUCCAAAGUUGAGCUUAAUGCUUUAAUGACUGAUGAAACAAUAUCCAAUGUGCCAAUCCUUAUCUUGGGUAACAAAAUUGACAGAGCAGAUGCAAUCAGUGAAGAAAAACUCCGUGAGAUAUUUGGGCUUUAUGGACAGACCACAGGGAAGGGGAAUGUGACUCUGAAGGAGCUGAACGCCCGCCCCAUGGAAGUGUUCAUGUGCAGCGUGCUCAAGAGGCAAGGCUAUGGCGAGGGCUUCCGCUGGCUCUCCCAGUAUAUUGACUGAUGUUCGGACAGUGAAAAUAAAAGAGUUUUACUUCUCUGGACUGAUCCUAUUCACAGCUUCCUCAUGAACUUUUCUAAUAGAACAAGGAAAGCUCUCCACAACCAUGUCUGGCGUUGAGAAGCCAAGAGUCUCUGUCAGCUCUCCUCGCCCAGUGGUGACAUGUGCUCUUCUCCACACUGUCGGGAGGUAACACUGCCCCAUGUGCUGGUGCAGGUCAGCAUCCCAGGACUUGGAAGCUGGCAGGAUUUGCCGGGUAAAGCUGUGUGCCAUCAUGGGGCACCUGAACAGAAAAACACGUCUCACCACUGUGGUUGAUUUAAAAAAAAAAGUGAUUCUAUUUUUUAAAGAAAGGGUUGUUUAUGUAA